UUUGUGGUCGAUGGCACAACAUGGACUCGCGCUUUCGUGCCGCACAUCCCCUGUACAAAUGGCUCCUCGGGUUCUGUUUGCUUUUGAUCAUUUUCGUAUGUGCCAUACCAAUGGGAAAUCAAUUGCCGGAUGUACGAAAGGAGAAGACUGUUUCCAUGCUAACGCGAAUCGUUAAUGUCGCUACGCCGCAACCCCAGCAAUACUUUGUGCGAACAGCCCAGUGUCAUAUUCCCUUUGUGGAUCCCUUCAGUGAGGAUUUGAUGAAAAUAUACAAGCCACAGACCUUUGUGACCUGCUCCAAUGAGAGUGAUCUCGUGACGACCACCUACGAUGCCCUGCAGCUGCGAUAUGUGUUGCAUAUAAACGAACAGGUGGCCCAGCAGCUGCUCAACUCUACGGCUGAGGAGUACAACUGUUUCUAUGAGGAAAUCAGCUACGGCCAACAAAUAGAUACCUACGACAAACUCAAGGCAGAUAAAUACUUUACGGACGGCUAUGUGGUGCCCAAGCAUGUGGAGGGCAUGCUGAUGGAGUGCCAGACGGCGGAGGAGCCUCACAUAGUGCUGCAGCGGGACGCAUUCAUGUUUAUACAGUAUCAGCCGGAGGAGCCCACACCGACACCCACACCCAAGGCGAAGACUUUGGGGCCCCGAAAGCCCAGCGUUAUAAUGUACGGCAUUGAUUCGUUGUCACGCAUAAAUCUACGGCGCACAAUGCCCAAGGUACACAAGUUCCUGCAGGGCCCAGGCUGGUAUGAGAUGCAGGGAUACAACAAGGUGGCCGACAAUUCGUUUCCCAAUCUGUUUGCCAUUCUCAGUGGCUAUUCCCCGGACACGGCUAAAUCGCAGGUCUGCGACACGGACAAGUCCGGCUGCUUCGAGGAGUUGCCAAUGAUUUGGCAUUACUUCAAGAACGCCAGCUACAUGACGGCCUAUGCGGAGGAUGAGAGUGGAUCGAAUACAUUCAACUAUCUGAAGCCCGGAUUCACCGAGAAGCCCACGGAUUACUAUUUCCGGCCGUUUCUGCGUGCACUGGAGGCCGAGACGGAGGUUACCCGCCUGCCCGGAGGGUACAUGAGGUAUUGCAUGGGCCGUCGUUUGGCCAAUCGUUAUAUCUACGAUUACUGCCGCCAGUUCAUGCAGCGCUAUGUGCAGGAGCGACCCAUUUGGGGCAUGUUCUGGACCAAUCACUACAGCCACGACGAUCCCUUCAUGCCCUCGGCCAUGCAGAACAUGGUGCUGACAGAUCUGAUGGACUACGAAGCGGACGGUGCCUUCGAGCACACCAUAAUGAUAUUCUUUGCCGAUCAUGGCACAAGGUUCGGCAAGUUGAGAGAUCUGAAAUCGGGCUUCCUGGAGUCGCGUUUGCCAAUGAUGUUCAUUUACCUGCCGCCCUGGUUUCGCGCGGAAUACCCGAGCUAUGUCCGUGCCUUGGAACUCAAUCGGAAUCGACUGAGCUCCAACUUUGACCUGCACAAUACGCUGAAGCACAUCAUUGAGAUCGGUGGCGGACCCGAGCUGCCCAAAUCCUUUGACUGCCCCACCUGCCAGUCGCUGUUCUACCCACUGCCCGAGGACCGGACUUGUGCCCAGGCGGCCAUCGAUGAGCAUUGGUGUACAUGUCAGCCAUAUCGAACCAUCUCCAAUCUGGAUUGGGCGGAUCGCGUUGCCCAGAGUGUGAUACCCCUGAUGAAUGAGUAUUUCGUGGCAAAGAAUCUCUCCCACCUGUGCAGCAAUCUGUCCCUGAGCUAUGUCCACAAUACGCAAAUCAAAACGGGUCUCGACAUCAGCUGGCACGAUGCGCUGCCCCAACUGGAGGUGGCCGUCUAUCGCACCAAGUUCAAGGUGCAACAGAACAGCGCCGACUUCGAGGCCACGGUUGUCUUCAACAAUGUCACCGAAACGGCGGAAGUAAAGGUGGAGACAAUCAGUCGCACGAAUUCCUACAAGGAAGACUCCACCUGCAUAGACGAUAAAAUAGCUAAAUUAUAUUGCAUUUGCAUUAGCGACCUCAAGCCAUAGACUUUCUAAUCUCAAUAAAUAUAUGAUCCCAUUAGGAGUUAAGGAUAAUAAAAUAAAGUACACAUAAA